AGCGCAUUGGACAUUUGAGGUUUCAAGUGCAGUCCUUAAAUCCUCAAGGUCAAGCGUUUUGACAAGUUAUUAAAAACGUGUUCCUCUGGGUAGCAUAGGAAUACAAUGAAAGUUAUCGCAAAAGAGCUGGAUAAAAGCUCCUCAGGAUACAUUACUUUAAUCGCAGAGAAUGAAGAAGAUAUGUGGCUAACUUAUAAUUUAGUUCAGGUUGGAGACAAAAUGAGGUGUUCAACAGUCCGCAAAGUUCAGAAUGAAUCUGCAACCGGUAGUGUUCAAACUAAACAAGUUAGAACGAAUCUAACAAUUGAAGUGGAAAAAAUAGAUUUUGACGUUCAGGGUUCAAUAUUGCAUUUAAAAGGACGCAAUGUAGUAGAGAAUCAAUUUGUUAAAAUGGGCGCAUAUCACACCUUGGAUUUAGGAGUGGAUGAGAAAUUUACAAUCACUAAAACAGAAUGGGAUAGUGUUGCUAUAAUGCUUGUUGAACAAGCAUCUGAUCCAACACAACAAGCUGAUCUUGCUGCAGUUAUAAUGCAUGAAGGUUUAGCCUAUGUAUGUCUUAUAACAAGUACAACUACAAUUGUUAGAGCCAAGAUUGAUACAACUAUUCCACGUAAACGUCCAGGCUUGCCAACUGCUCAACAUGAAAAAGGAUUAUCACGUUUUUUUGAGCAAAUUAUGCAAGCAAUAGAACGUCACAUUCGCUUCGACAUUGUCAAGUGUAUCAUAUUAGCUAGUCCUGGAUUUCUACGUGAACAAUUUUUCGAGUUUAUGAUACAAACAGCAACAAGACAAGAGAAACGUGUAUUUUUAGAAAAUAAAUCUAAAUUUAUGCUUGUUCAUUCGUCAUCUGGUCAUAAACAUGCCUUGAAAGAAGUGCUCACAGAUAGUGUUGUUAUGAGUAAAUUGGCUAAUACUAAGGCUACCUCAGAAGUAACAGCACUGAAUGAUUUUUAUCAAAUGUUAAAAGUUGAUCAAUCACGUGCAUUUUAUGGUUAUAAACAUGUGAAGACAGCUGCUGAAGCGUUUGCUAUCGAUACACUAUUGGUAUCUGAUGCAUUAUUUCGUUCAAGAAAUUUAGAAGAAAGAAAACGAUAUGUUGAAUUAGUUGAUCAAGUGAAAGAGAAUCAAGGAACUGUACGUAUAUUUUCUAGUCUACAUAUCUCCGGUGAACAACUGAAUCAACUGUCUGGAGUUGCUGCUAUCCUACGGUUUCCAAUCCCUGAACCUGUAACUGAUGAUGAAUCAGACGAUUCUGAUGAAAACGGUGAUAGCUAAACAAUAUUGGGUGUAUGUGUGUGUGUGUGUUUGUCUAUGCCAAACUACCUUCUUGGAUAACACUGUUUCUCUUCUGAGUUACCUCCGGGUGACGGGUCUAGAGGGAGGUGUGAAAGAUGAAAAUGGAUUAUAUUUAAAUAUUUAUAUAGGAUGUAUUGGUUGCAGUUUUUUUUUUAAAAAAAACAAUUUCUUUUUGACUUUUCUUUCAAGAAUAUUAACCCCCCUUCAACAACACUCCCACCCUCCCUUACCCCGCCCACCGACUUUUGUACAUAAACCUAGUUUUCCUUUUGAUUUGCCCUGUGGUUUUUCUCUUCUCCUGUUAUAUGAUGUAAUUCCUCAUUCUGAUUUGAAUAUUUUUUGUAAAAGAAUAAAAUAAAACUAUUCAUGAA